AUGCCUUAUCAUGAAGAUACAUCAAGUCAAUAUCCACUUGACAUGUCGCGAAUCAAUGCGAUUGCCAGCAUGGAUCCUGAUGAGUUCGUGAGAACAUUUGAAAUAGGGUCUAUAGUUUCUAUUGACGAUCUGGCGGUACCAACUGAGCAUAAUAAUACAUAUGUAUUCAACAAUGUACGCAUUCGUUCUACUAUCAAUCCAACAAUCCAAACAACUCAAACAACUGAGCAGUUAUUACCGACUCAAACGAUUGUCCCUGAAGUGUUUGAGACAAAUCAAGCAACAAGCAGUGGUCGUUCGCUUAGAAAACGAAGUAACAUUCAAAAGCAUCCCUACACAAUAGACAGCGCUACAUACAACUCCAUUGUGGAUAAGAUUAUUGCUACUGCACCAAGCGCUGAUGCUGAACGCCGAGUCUUACAAAGCUAUGAACAGAACCCUAAAAGACAACGAACCAGAGAAUCUCGUUACGAAAGCGAUUCUAGCAAUGAAGAUUUCAAUUGUGCUGACGAUGUUGACGGAAUGGAAGAAGAUGAGGAAAUUCAGUCGGGUCCAUAUGAUUUGUGCAGCGAAGAUGACACUAUAGAAGACAACAUGGAUUUAAGUAUCCCAGAAGAACCUCAUAGGACUUCUUCCAAAGAAAUACAAAAAUACUUGCACCAACCUUCAGAUGAUGAAUUCUCGCUUGAAAGAUCUUUGGAAGAAAGCCAAACGCUUUUGUUGCCAAAUUCCCGGCUUAAACAGCCUUCUCAAGCACCCGCUCGAGCCCUUAUCACUUACCAAGGAAAAAAGAAGAAAAAUAAGAAUAAAAAUUCAGGCAUAGGCUCAAGAAAAAAUAGACCCUCUACUUUCAUGCAAAACUCGGUCGUAUCAGUGCCUAAAAAUACCACACAAUUAUUUUCCACAAGUUCUCAAUCACUUUCCUCGUCAACCAAAUAUAGCAUUUCUGCAAAUGUGCCUGUAAUUGCCCAUGGCGAUAUCAUUGAUAUUAGUGAAGAUGAUGAAACGAUUGAGCUGAGCUCCCAGGAAGAUGACGAAAUUUACGGUAGCCCUGGUCAACUUCAAUUAAAUCGCACGAGACGAAUGAAGAAUAGAUACAUAGCUCUUGAAGAUAGUGAUAAUGAACUAGAAGAGGCUUCUGUUGAAGAUGUCUUUGAAUUCCCAGAGGACUAUGAUCAAUUUACUAAGCGCAGUUAUCGUCGAAAGGCAUUAAGAGAUGAUGAGAUAGAUGUAUUUUCACAAGAAUCUAGAGAGUCUUCACCAAAUUCUUUGACCGAUUAUUCGGAAAAAGGACUGUGUGGGGUAGAUGAAGAAAACAUAGCUUUCACUAGCAGAGCUUUCAAAACGAAACCUCGCAGGGCAGAAAGAAAUAAAUCUCCGGAAGACUCUUUCAUUGUCCCUGAUGAACAAUAUAUGUCAGCUCAACGUGUAAAGGCACCGACCAUCGAUGAUUUACAAAAUAAGAAAAAGUUUACUCGCGGCGUUCUUCCACUAUCCUUCCAAAAGGUGUAUUCAAAUGAGAUUGAGAACGAAAAGUAUCGUCAGAAACCCCAAACUUAUCAAAAGACUAUACCUAAAGCAAAAUCAAGUCAUAAGAAACCCAUACCAAUACAGGAUUCAGAUGAAGAUAUGAGCAGUACAGAAGAAUCGGUUAAAUCAAAUAUUCUAAGUGGCUCUAACAACGGAUCAAACAAAUUUGUUUUGUCAUCAUCAAAGGGAAAUGAUUUAUAUCUAUUAUCAGAUAGUGAAGAUGAAUCCCCUUUAUUGACAACUCACAGUUCCAAUAGUGGAAUGAGCACUUUUCCGACAACGUCCCAAAUGGAAAAAGAUAUCCAGUCCGCAUAUCUUUUCAGCAAGUCAGUUAGUCAGCCUCAACGUGUUCGCCGCAAAAAACCAGGACAGAAAAAGAAGACUAUACCAUACAAAAAGCCAGCAGAAACGAUACCAACUAAUAAUAUACUGCCGUAUCGUAGACGAAGAGAGCCCGAACCACAGUACACCCGCCUUUCCAUUGAAUUCAACAUUGAGCCUCUCGAAAAUCAUUCUCGUUUGGAUAAUACGAUUUUUCUCAAAAAGCGUUUUUUUGAAAGUAUCCCAGUUGACGAUGAAAUGGAUGUUGAUAGCCCAUAUAAUUCGGUGUGUUUACCAUGUAUACCAACGGCAACAUUUGGCAAAGAUACUGGAGGAAAACAAACAAUUGAUGAUGCUCUUUCAGUUAUCAGAACAUUAUUCUGGGAUUGUUUUAAAUGCAUGUCUAGCCCUUGGGAUAUCGAUGGAGUAUUCAACGAAGAUGAUAUUAUGCCAAAAUGUACCGAGUUUUUCAACUACGUAACUUUUUGUUUGACCGAUUGGAUUCCAAGCCUCAAAACGGAAGAAGACCGAACAAAAUCAGCGAAAUUCUUUCGUAAAAAUAUAGAAGCUCUUUCGGUCCGUAUCAUGAAGCUUUCUGGCGACGAUUUUUAUGCUGACGAUAUCACGAUUGCUCAAGAGAUUCUAGAGUCUGGCGUUUGGAAACAACUAGUUACUCUCCUUCUGUUUACAUUGGACUGGCUAAUAUAUCUUGAGACUCUAGAUCCGCAAGGUUCAGAGGAUUUUAAUGAUCCACUGGAACUGCUGGAUAGUCUUGUUGAUUUGACUCUCCAAGAUGACUCUAAAGGAUCUGAUAUUGCCUCGAAGAAUAAGUUCAAGACCAUUUUAUCUCAGAAGAAUAGAUUAUCAAUCCCAACAAGAGAAAGAGUGAUGAAGAAAGUUGAUUACCGAUUCUGCACCGACAGAAUGAUCAAUCAUUUAUUGCGGCUACUAAUGACACUGGGAUACGAAUAUGCAAAAAUCACUACCAGAGGCUCACUUGUAUGUCCUAGCACACCAAUAGUGACAGAAGCCUGGAUAUAUUUGAUUAAUCUACUGAGAACUAGACUGGAUUCAAACACAUACAUCGGACCAGAAACAACAGAAAAAAGCACAACAUAUCUCUGUCAGGUUUUAAUUGACCAUCUUAAGGCUGAAAGUGUAGACUUUGACAUGUCGGUCUUGGAUAAAGGAGAAGAUAUAUGGAAUUGGCUAUACACCCUUCAAAGAAUACAAGUAUUCAACCAUGAAGGCCAGUACGACCCAGUAUAUAUAGCAAACUUUGGACAUUGCACACUAGUUGGAAAUAUCUUGAAUCGUGUUUGUGAAUUACCUGACGAGCAUCAUCCAAGAUCAUCCCGAAAAAGAACAAUUUGUUCAAAUUUCACUGAGUAUUGGGAGACAUUUCUGUAUCGAUGUCAAAAUUUUUUGGGAAUCGAUCAAGGAUAA